AUGGGGCAAUCUAUGGGUGUGGAUGAGAGAAUGGGGCAAUCUAUGGGUGUGGAUGAGAGAAUGGGGCAAUCUAUGGGUGUGGAUGAGAGAAUGGGGCAAUUUAUGGGUGGGGAUGAGAGAAUGGGGCAAUCUAUGGGUGUGGUUGAGAGUAUGGGGCAAUCUAUGGGUGUGGAUGACAGAAUGGGGCAAUCUAUAUGUGUUGAUGAGAGGAUAGGGCAAUCUAUGGGUGUGGAUGAGAGAAUGGGGCAAUCUAUGGGUGUUGAUGAGAGGAUGGGGCAAUCUAUGGGUGUGGAUGAGAAGAUGGGGCAAUCUAUGGGUGUGGAUGAGAGAAUGGGGCAAUCUAUGGGUGUGGAUGAGAGAAUGGGGCAAUCUAUGGGUGUUGAUGAGAGGAUGGGGCAAUCUAUGGGUGUAUUUGAGAGGAUGGGGCAAUCUAUGGGUGUGGAUAAGAGAAUGGGGCAAUCUAUGGGUGUGGAUGAGAGGAUGGGGCAAUCUAUGGGUGUGGAUGAGAGGAUGGGGCAAUCCAUGGGUGUGGAUGAGAGGAUGGGGCAAUCUAUGGGUGUGGAUGAGAGGAUGGGGCAAUCUAUGGGUGUGGAUGAGAGAAUGGGGCAAUCUAUGGGUGUGGAUGAGAGAAUGGGGCAAUCUAUGGGUGUGGAUGAGAGAAUGGGGCCAUCUAUGGGUGUUGAUGAGAGGAUGGGGCAAUCUAUGGGUGUGGAUGAGAGGAUGGGGCAAUCCAUGGGUGUGGAUGAGAGGAUGGGGCAAUCUAUGGGUGUGGAUGAGAGAAUGGGGCAAUCUAUGGGUGUGGAUGAGAGGAUGGGGCAAUCUAUGGGUGUGGAUGAGAGGAUGGGGCAAUCUAUGGGUGUGGAUGAGAGAAUGGGGCAAUCUAUGGGUGUGGAUGAGAAAAUGGGGAAAUCUAUGUGUGUUGAUGAGAGGAUGGGGCAAUCUAUGGGUGUGGAUGAGAGGAAGGGGCAAUCUAAGGGGUGUUGA